UUCGCUCCAUGGAUACUACAGUGGGAAACUGUCUUUUCCGCUGUUAAAAAGUUAUAAUGAAGGAUAAAAGAAGGCCGAAGUGUCGGGAGAAGGAGAGCUGAUUAUUUUUGUUUUCUGGAUGUUUUGUGGAGUUUUAUACCAUGGAUGAUCAAGUAAUGGGCUGGUUAUUAUGGGUUCACCUUCUCCUUUGCGCUCCUUUCAUGGGAUGUUUCGACUUACACCUCUAUGAAACUUUACAUUCAGGAGCUGUACUGGCCAAUUUGUCACUGGGACCAGGUUGGACGUAUAAAAUAGACAGGACUUUAACUUCUAAAUACAUUGGAAACUUUAUAAAAGUGGAUUGGAGAGAUGGAGUAGUGCGUUUAAACGGAGACUUGGACUGUGUGCGCGCGCCUCAGAGCGCACUGCCUGUUUAUAUCAAAAUCAAAUCAUUUACGACUGAAGGACUAGUUAACGCACAUUUUAAUGUAUUUGUGCACGGACGGAAUUGCGUGUUCAAAUAUAAAAGAAAGAGAGUUACCAAGUGUGAUGUUAACGUGGAUUACAUUUAUAACUUGGGAGUAACUUCCUGCUUUUCUCCAGGUAAUUUACUACUCCGUCUUGAGGACUAUUUACCUGUCUUCACACGAAACUCUGGUGCUUUAGGAUAUUCUUGCACCUCAGAACAUUUGCAUGUGUUUGUGCUUAACGGAACUUUAUUUGUGAAGGAUGCGUACUGUUUGGAAACGGACCUGAAAGACACUAUUCACUGUUCGUUUCACGAUUCAAACGGUGAGCGAUUUUCUAUGUGCCUUAAAUUACACUUCACAUCAGUCCAUACUUCUUUGUUAGCGCCUAUGCAACACGAAUCAAGUCACUGGAAAUCUAGAAUAAAGCGAGCAGUGAAUUCAGCGCCUCAGUUUCAGUUGCCGAACUACCAGGUUUCCGUGCCCGAGAACGAGCCGGCGGGCACGCGCGUCAUCACCCUCAAAGCGACUGACGGCGAUCCUGGAGAGGCGGGAAAAAUCGAGUACGGCAUGGAAGCGUUAUUCGACAGCCGUUCUAACGAUUUUUUUCGCAUAGACCCUCAAACCGGCAGCAUCAAGACGGUCCAGCCCUUAGAUAGAGAGGUCAAAGACACGCACGUUUUUAAAGUCACAGCGACCGAUAACGGCACGCCGCGACGCGCGGCUACGUCAUACCUGACAGUUACCGUUAGCGACACCAACGACCACGGGCCCGUUUUCGAGCAGAAUGAAUACAGGGUCAGGAUACGUGAAAAUGUAGAGGUCGGUUUUGAGGUCAUAACAGUGAGGGCCACAGAUGGAGAUGCGCCAUCAAAUGCGAACAUGAUAUAUAAGAUUGUAAAUGGUGAAGGUGUGAAUUCUGGGUUUGAAAUUGAUUCUCGAAAUGGACUGGUUAAGAUUCGAGUGCGUCCUGAUAGAGAAACCAUGGCCCAGUAUCAGUUGAUAGUAGAGGCGAACGACCAAGGAAAGGACCCCGGGCCUCGCAGUGCCACCGCCACAGUGCACAUCACAGUCGAGGAUGAAAACGACAACUAUCCCCAGUUUAGCGAGAAAAGAUAUGUUGUUCAGGUGCCAGAGAAUGUUGCGGUGAACACUAAAGUCGCCCAGGUGGAAGCCACUGACCGAGAUGAGGGCAAUAAUGCCAAGGUUCAUUACAGCAUAAUCAGUGGCAAUGUGAAGGGCCAGUUCUUCAUUCACACCCCUACUGGAACCAUUGACGUCAUAAACCCUCUAGACUACGAAAUGAUCAGGGAGUAUAAUUUACGCAUAAAGGCCCAGGAUGGCGGCAGGCCUCCUCUUAUAAAUGGCACAGGCGUGGUGGUUGUCCAAGUGGUGGAUGUGAAUGACAAUGCCCCUAUGUUUGUAAGCACUCCUUUCCAAGCCACUGUUUUAGAGAAUGUUCCCAUGGGGUAUUCCGUGAUUCACAUUCAAGCCAUCGAUUCAGACUCGGGCGAAAAUGCCCGUUUGGAAUACCGCCUCACCGAUACUACUCCUGGAUUCCCUUUCACCAUUAAUAACAGCACUGGCUGGAUAACGGUCUGCAUCGAGCUGGACAGGGAAACCACUGAGUUUUACACAUUUGGAGUAGAGGCAAGAGACAAUGGAGUUCCGGUAAUGUCAUCCUCAGCCAGUGUAAGCAUCACUGUCCUGGACGUGAAUGACAAUAUCCCUACGUUCACUGAAAAGGUGUACUCACUAAAAAUCAAUGAAGAUGCGGUUGUAGGGACCAGCGUGUUAACUGUUACAGCACUGGACCGUGAUGUAAACAGUGUGGUCACCUAUCAAAUUUCCAGUGGUAACACUCGGAACAGGUUUGCCAUCACGAGUCAAAGUGGAGGUGGGCUUAUCACACUGGCAUUGCCAUUGGAUUACAAACAAGAACGCCAAUACGUCCUGACUGUCACCGCCUCUGAUGGUACACGCUUUGACACCGCACAGGUCUUUAUCAACGUAACCGAUGCUAACACUCACAGGCCUGUUUUCCAGAGCGCCAGCUACCAUCAGACCUUCAGCGAGGACCGACCUGUUGGAUCAACUGUUGUGGUGAUCAGUGCAACAGAUGAGGAUACAGGUGAGAAUGCACGUAUUACUUACAUCAUGGAGGACAACGUUCCGCAAUUUAAAAUUGAUCCGGACACAGGUGCCAUCACGACGCAAAUGGAAAUUGACUAUGAAGAUCAGGCCUCCUACACAUUGGCUAUCAUCGCCCGUGACAAUGGAAUCCCGCAGAAGUCAGAUACUACCUAUGUGGAAAUCAUUGUUUUGGACGCCAAUGAUAAUGUUCCACAGUUUGGGAGGGACAAAUAUCAGGGCACUGUGUUUGAAGAUGCACCUCUGUUUACCAGUGUGCUACAGAUAUCGGCUUCGGACAGAGACUCUGGGUCUAACGGAAGGUUGAGUUACACCUUUCAAGGUGGUGAUGAUGGCGAAGGAGACUUCAUGAUUGAGCCAUAUUCAGGAAUUAUCAGAACCCACCGGAAGCUGGACAGAGAGAACGUUCCUGUGUAUAACCUGAAGGCCUAUGCUGUAGAUAGAGGUGUUCCUCCUCUCAAAGCAGCAGUGGAGAUCCAGGUCUCUGUGUUGGACAUAAAUGACAAUGCUCCUGUGUUUGAGAAGGAUGAACUGUUUAUCUAUGUCAAAGAGAAUAGUCCUGUUGAUUCAGUGGUGGCCAGAAUCACAGCCAUGGACCCAGAUGAAGGAACCAACGCUCAGAUAUUGUACCAGAUUGUGGAAGGAAAUAUCCCUGAGGUCUUCGACUUGGAUAUGUUCACGGGAGACUUGAAGGCGCUUGUGGAUUUGGACUACGAGACCAAAAUUGAGUAUGUGAUAGUCGUACAGGCCACAUCCGCACCUCUGGUCAGCCGAGCAACCGUCCACAUUCGUCUGGUUGAUGUCAACGACAAUGAUCCUGUCCUGCAUAAUUUUGAGAUUAUCUUCAAUAACUACGUCACCAAUAAAUCCAACAGCUUCCCAUCUGGGAUAAUAGGAAAGGUGCCUGCCCAUGACCCAGAUGUGUCGGAUAAACUCAAGUAUAGUUUCAUUGAGGGAAAUGAGCUGAGUUUGCUCAUUCUAAACCCGGAUACUGGAGAGCUAAAACUCAGCAAAGAUCUGGAUAACAACAGACCUCUGGAAGCCACCAUGAAAGUUUCUGUCACUGACGGUAUCCACCAAGUGACGGCCAUGUGCACUCUCCGAGUGACCAUCAUCACUGACGAGAUGCUUACAAACAGCAUCACGGUGCGUCUGGAGAACAUGUCCCAGGAACGCUUCCUGUCCCCGCUCCUCUCUCUCUUCGCUGAAGGUGUGGCAGCCGUCCUUUCAACCAGCCGCGAGGGUGUUUUCAUCUUCAACGUACAGAACGACACGGACGUCAGUGGCAACAUCCUCAACGUCACCUUCUCCGCCUUACUCCCUGGAGGAGCUCCGGAUCGCUACUUCCCCUCAGAAGAACUCCAGGAGCAAAUCUACUUGAACCGGACUCUGUUACAGCAGAUCUCAAGCCAGAACGUCCUUCCCUUUGAUGACAACAUCUGCCUGAGGGAACCUUGCGAGAACUACAUGAAGUGCGUCUCUGUGUUGAAGUUCGACAGCUCGCCACCUUUUAUAGCUUCCGACACGGUUCUGUUCAGGCCAAUCCAUCCCAUUAAUGGUCUCCGCUGCCGUUGUCCGGCCGGCUUCACUGGCGACUACUGUGAAACCGAGAUCGACCUGUGCUACUCUGGACCGUGCCAGAACAAUGGCCGCUGUCGCAGUCGAGAAGGAGGGUACACCUGCGAGUGUCUGGAGGACUUCACAGGUGAGAACUGUGAAGUGGAUGCCCGCUCUGGCCGCUGUGUCCCCGGUGUGUGUAAGAACGGAGGGGAGUGUGUCAACCUGCUGGUGGGUGGCUUCACGUGCAGCUGUCCCUCUGGAGAGUACGAGAAGCCUUUCUGCGAGAUGACAACCCGCAGCUUUCCCGGGCAGUCCUUCAUUACCUUCCGAGGCCUGAGACAGAGAUUCCACUUCACCGUCUCCUUCAUGUUUGCCACAAGAGAGAGAAAUGCUCUUCUACUCUAUAACGGCCGUUUUAACGAGAAACACGACUUCAUAGCUGUGGAGAUCAUUGAAGAACAGAUCCAGCUCACCUUCUCAGCAGGAGAGGCAAAAACGACUGUGGCAACUUUCGUGCUAGGUGGAGUUAGCGACGGCCAGUGGCAUUCGGUCCAGCUUCACUACUACAACAAGCCUAAGAUCAGUCAUUUAGGAUUGCCUCAUGGACCGUCGGGUGAGAAAGUGGCGGUGGUUGCUGUGGAUGACUGUGACAUCGCCAUGGCUGUGCGUUUCGGCAGUCAGAUUGGCAACUACUCGUGCGCCGCCCAGGGCACUCAGACCGGACAGAAAAAGUCUUUGGAUCUCACUGGACCUCUUCUACUUGGUGGGGUGCCCAACCUCCCGGAGGAUUUCCCAAUAAGGAACCGAGACUUUGUGGGUUGCAUGAGAAACCUGACGAUUGACAGCAAACCCAUUGACAUGGCCAGCUACAUCGCCAACAAUGGCACCACAGAAGGCUGUCCUGCGAAGAAGAAUUUCUGCUAUGAGGGCUUGUGUCAGCACGGCGGUCAGUGUGAAAAUAAAUGGAACACCUACUUCUGUGACUGUCCUGAAGGCAGAGGCGGCAAGAACUGUGAUCAAGUCAUGCCUUCACCACAGCACUUUGACGGUCAGGCCAUGGUGUCAUGGAACGAGCCUGAUAUCACCAUCGCUGUACCCUGGUACAUAGGCCUGAUGUUCCGCACCAGACAGACCACUAGAACAGCAAUGCUGAUGCAGAUCAAUGCUGGUGGCGCGUCGCAAAUUAACCUUCUGUUGAGGGACAAGUAUGUGCAGUUCGAAGUUCUUCUGGGAGAGCAGAGGGUGGCCACGCUGGAUUUCCCAGAGGUUCGAGUGAAUGACGGGGAAUGGCACCACCUUCUCGUGGAGCUGAGGAGCAGCAAAGAUGGCACAGACACCAAGUACAUGGCACAGGUGUUCCUGGACUACGACAUGUUCAUGAAGUCAGCCGAGAUUGGGAAUGAACUGCCUGGACUCAAGCUGAGGAGUCUGUUUGUCGGUGGACUUCAGGGAUGGAGUAACAGUGUUCAGCAGGGCUUUAAGGGAUGCAUGCAGGGUGUGAGGAUGGGCGAGACCGCCACCAACACGGCUAACAUUAACAUGCAGCAGGCGCUAAAGAUCCACAUAGAGGAGGGCUGUGAUCUGUCUGACCCCUGUGACUCCAACAUCUGCCCUGAGAACAGCGAGUGCACAGAUGACUGGAGCGCACACACCUGCACCUGUGACCCCGGUUUCUUUGGGAAAGACUGUGUAGAUGCGUGUCAUCUAAACCCGUGUGAGCAUUUGUCCACAUGUGUUCGUAAGCCGAGCUCUUCUCACGGUUACACCUGUGAGUGCAGUCAGGACUACUAUGGACAGUACUGCGAGAACAAGGUGGAGAAACCAUGUCCUCGGGGUUGGUGGGGCAGCCCAAUGUGUGGCCCUUGUAACUGUGAUGUCAGCAAAGGGUUCAACCCUGACUGCAACAAGACUACAGGAGAAUGUCGUUGCAAGGAUAACUACUAUCAACCAAAGGGCAGCGACACAUGUUUCCCCUGUGACUGCUUCCAUUUGGGUGCCAACUCUCGAACCUGUGACCCAGAGACGGGUCAGUGCCCCUGUAAGGCGGGCGUGAUUGGCCGGCAGUGCAACCGCUGUGACAACCCUUUCUCUGAAGUCACCGUCUCUGGCUGUGAGGUUGUGUAUAACGCCUGCCCGAAGGCCUAUGAUGCUGGAAUCUGGUGGCCAAGAACCACAUUUGGACGUCCAGUCGCUAUGAAUUGCCCCAAGGGAUCUACUGGCACUGCCGUUAGACACUGCAGCGAUGAGAAGGGCUGGCUGCCCUCUGAACUCUUCAACUGUACCACCAUCACCUUCUCCCACCUCAAGAAACUGAAUGAGGAGCUGCAUCGUAAUGAAUCAAGGAUGGAUGGGCAGAAAUCGAAGGACAUCGCUCGCAUGUUACAGAACGCCACAGAUCAGACCAGCUCCUUCUACGGGAAUGACAUUAAGACCACGUACCAGCUCAUUACCUGGAUUCUGCGCUAUGAGAGCCAGCAGCAGGGCUUUAACCUGGCUGCCAUGCGGGACAGCAAAUUUAAUGAGAACCUCGUGAAGGCUGGCAGUGCAAUCCUGGAUGCCAGUAAUAAAGAGCACUGGGAUCAGAUACAGAGGACAGAAAGGGGUACGGCACAUCUGCUGAAGAACUUUGAGGAUUAUGCCAACACUGUAGCUCAGAACAUGAGGAAGACCUAUCUAAAACCCUUCAUCAUCAUCACAGAAAAUAUGAUUUUUGCAGUAGAUUAUUUGGACGCAAUGUAUCCGGAUGAAGCAAAAAUCCCUAAUUUACAAAAAUUCGACCAAGAGUGUUCGAAAGACUUGAAAUCAUCUGUUUUGUUCCCAGAAUUCAGCUUCAAAUCAUCAGAGCAUAAAGUUUCUCCUACGGAUGAUGCAGCAUCUCAGAGCAGCUCUGAUAAAGAGCAUAAUCAGGCCUUGAGGAAGAAGAGGCACAUUGAGAAUCUUCCUCCAUUUCCUGUGGCUGCAGUCAUCAUCUACAGAACUUUGGGUCAGCUGUUACCAGAGCGUUACGAUCCUGACCGCCGCAGUCUCAGGCUACCAAACCGUCCGGUCAUUAACACGCCCAUUGUUAGCACGACCGUAUACAGUGAAGGCGAGCUGUUACACAUGCCUCUGGAGCGACCAAUCACACUGGACUACAACUUGUUAGAGACAGAGGAGAGAACUAAACCUGUGUGUGUGUUCUGGAACCACUCGAUCAAUGUUGGAGGUACUGGCGGCUGGUCGUCUAAAGGAUGUGACCUUAUCUCCAGAAACCACACCCACAUCAGCUGCCAGUGCAAUCACAUGACCAGCUUUGCCGUCCUAAUGGACAUCUCCAAGAGAGAGCAUGGAGAUGUUCUUCCUCUGAAGAUCGUCACAUACACCACGGUCUCCGCCUCCCUGCUGGCCCUCCUCAUCACCUUCAUCCUGCUGGCCAUCCUGCACAAACUACGCUCCAAUCUCCAUAGCAUCCAUAAGAACCUAGUGGCCGCACUCUUCUUCUCCGAGCUCGUCUUCCUCAUAGGAAUCAACCAGACCGACAACCCGUUUGUGUGUACAGUGAUCGCCAUCCUCCUGCACUACUUCUACACGUGUACAUUUGCCUGGACGUUUGUGGAGGGUUUGCACAUUUACCGCAUGCUCACCGAGGUCAGGAACAUCAAUCACGGCCACAUGCGCUUCUACUACGCCAUCGGUUGGGGAAUACCUGCCAUCAUUACAGGUCUGGCUGUGGGUCUGGAUCCUCAAGGCUUUGGGAACCCUGACUUCUGCUGGCUGUCCGUUCACGACACUCUUAUCUGGAGCUUCGCAGGACCCAUCGCUGUCGUAGUGCUGGUCAACAUUGUUAUCUUUGUGCUGGCGGUGAAGGCAUCAUGUGGUCGCCGACAACGCUCUUUCGAGAAGUCCGGGGUCAUUCCUGCUCUGCGGAUGGCCUUCCUGCUCCUGUUGCUCAUUAGCGCCACCUGGCUGCUGGGUUUAAUGGCAGUUAAUAGUGACGUCAUGACCUUCCACUACCUGUUUGCCAUCUUCAGCUGUCUACAGGGCAUAUUCAUCUUCUUCUUCCACAUUGUGUUCAAUAAAGAGGUGAGACAGAAUCUGAAGAACGUUUUCACUGGGAAGAAACCGUUACCUGACGAGUCGAGCACCACACGCACCACCCUGCUCACGCGUACACUGAACUGUAAUAACACGUACAUGGAAGACGGUGCCCUGUACCGCUCGGCCAUCGGCGAGUCAACAGUAUCUCUGGAGAGCACAGUCAGGUCAGCCAAGAGCCACAGCAGCUACAUUGCUUACACGCACAGAGAUGAGUUUGGUCAGAAGCCUAGUGUCUCCUCUGGAAAUGCUAAAGUCGGACACACUGAUAUCGACGGCUCACUCUUCCGAAACGGCACUAAAGCAGAUGACUCGGAUUCAGACAGUGAGCUCUCUGUGGAUGAACACAGCAGUUCAUACGCGUCCUCUCACUCAUCCGACAGCGAAGAUGAAGACAUCAACAUGAAGCCAAUGUGGAAUAACGAGAGACAGCCAUUGCACAGCACUCCAAAGGUGGAUGCAGUGUCCAAUCGCGUGAAGCCUUCCUGGCCGACUGAAGCCAUGACAGCCAGUGACAGUGAAGAUCCCGGAGGGGCGGAGAGACUGAGAGUGGAGACUAAAGUCAACGUGGAGCUUCAUCAGGAGAAUAAACUCAAUCACACUGGAGAGAACGCUCAGGACAAAGACAACCCAACACCCUCCAACCAAACCAACAGCAACCACCAGCCUGAACAGAGGAAGGGUAUUUUGAAGAAUAAGAUCACAUACCCCCCUCCACUCACAGACAAAAACAUGAAAAACAAACUGAGGGAGAAGCUGUCGGACUACAACCCCCCCGCCAUCUCUUCCAAAGCGCCCUCUAUAACGUCAAAUGACGGGGGAAAUGGACACAACGUCCUGAUCAAGUCCCCUCACCGGCCGCCUGUCCCUCCACGUGAGCAGCAGAACGGGAUGGCCAUGAAUCUGAGAUCGGGGACUGUCAAUGGCGGCAACCAGUCAGACUCUGACGGCAGUAAUGAAACAUCAAUCUGACCCAGCAGGAAUCCUGAGUAACUUCUGCCCUCAUGAGGGGUGAAUAUCAGCCCUUGGCUGUGGGAGGAAGGUGGACAGCGAAGGUGGACACCCAAAGACCCUCCCCAUCGUUGCACCUUGCUCUCCAGCGGGUCCCUGGGGUCCAGGCUCCAUUGGAGAACAGUAUUACUGCAGAUGUCUGCCUGUUAAAUGGACAAUAAAGAAAAAGGGAAUGUAUGUAAAUACACAAGAGGAGGUCAGCGAGGAUAUAUGGAAACUGUGCCAAACCACUAGAUGUUGGAAUCCACCCUCUGGGAUGCCGAUCAGCACAUUCAGACCAAGUGGACUUGAAGAGACACACUAGACUUUGUGUAAUUUUGUAUGUUUUACCACUAGUGCUUUCUUAAAACUGUGCAAGUGUGCACACCAUCACACAAGGCUGGAACUGUAAAGAGACAUUUUCCGUUUACGAAGUUACGCAAAUCUCGAAAUGCUGAAAUUCUCAUCAAGUGCCCUGCUCGGCCCGUCCUCAUAGAGGAAAUCGGUCUCUUAACAAACGCCUUCCUCAUGUAAUUACUGUGUAGAUAUUUUUUGGAAGUUUUAAUAUUUUGUAUGUGAAUUUUAAGGCACAUUUGUACAUUGAAAUGAGUGUUUGUAAUAACAUUUAAUGCAAGAUUAUUUUUAUCCUGUGUGCUUAAAUUUUAUAAUUUGGGUUGCUACGGUGCUGUAAUCCCAAAACACAUUUAUUUCAAAGACUAAACCCCUUUAAAAAUAUAACGCUGUGCAACCUUGACAAUAUUCAAUGGCGAUGAUAGAAAUAAUGUUUGAAUUGAGAAGAGAUAGCCCUUAAACUCAAGGACAUGAAUAUGAAUGUGUUUUAUUUGAUAACUAUUAACCCUCUGAUGAUUCACAAUACAUAUUAUAUAAUGCAUAAUAUGCAGCUGUGAAAGAGAGUUGCAGGUGUUUUAUAUAAUUUCCCACAAGAAAAGACACUGGAUUUCUUACGACAUAAUUGUAUUUAUUUUUAUGUUUUGAGACACUGGACAAAAAUUUUAGCUGUAAAAAUAAAAGCUCUCUGCAUUUGUAGUUUUGUGUUAUAAUAUUUUAUCUCAGCACAAAUGCACACAAAAGACAUGUUUGAGGUCAA